AUGGAGCUGUGGCGGCCUCGUGGUGCCUGUGAAGGAGGGAGGGACCCGAUUGGCCGGAAUCUGCUCAAUCACUUCCUUAAAGCUUCUUCAGGCUCGAUGCAGCCACAGCGCCCCCUGUGGACACCAGAGGAACUCUGGGGGAGCGUCCCAGAUGAUAACAAGAACAACAAGAACACGGAGGAGAUAAACUGGAAGACCCACUGUCAGUCCGAGAGAUGCAGGCUGCCGUGUUUCCUGAAGCUGGGAGCUGGUUGUGUAGAAGUGGAGCGGGAGGAAAUGGCUGCUCUGAGGUCUCUGAGCUUCUGCCUGCUGGCUGUGGGCCUCCUGCUGCCGGCUGCUGCUUCCACAGGACAGAGAAUCACAGCUGAAGCUGGACAGGACUCAGUCACUCUGCCAUGUGGAGCUGGAAAGGAGACACAGAUAUUGACUGUGGAGUGGAGCAGACCUGAUCUGGAUCCAGAUGUUGUUCUUCUGUUCAGCUUUGGUCUCUUUGAGCCAGACCGCCAGCAUCCGUCCUUCAGGAACCGGGUGGAUCUGCAGGACAGACAGAUGAAGGAUGGAGACGUGUCUCUGAUUCUGAAGGAUGUGACGAUGGAUGAUACAGGAAUAUAUGAGUGUGAAGUUUAUCAGAGUGAACAAGACAUGGGGUUUAUCUUCAAAACCUCCAUCUAUCUUGUCGUUUCUCCUCCUCCAGGGAAAGCUCGGCCCACCUCUGAAGCCCCGCCCACCUCUGAAGCCCCGCCCCCUGACUCCUCCCCCCACCACCUUGGGCUCAUGCUGCUCCUCCGCCUGCUGGUGUUCUGCCCCUACUUCAUCUCCACCCUCCUCCUGGUGUCUGUGUACCGACUCAGAGCCAAAGAAGGUAAACAGCUCGUCUCCAUGACGACGGCCCCGCCCCUCCAGGCUGAGCCGGGAUUGGUCGAUGACUACGAUGACGUCACCACAGAGCAUCACUUCUGA